CGUUAAUACUGUUGCAAUACUUUCGUAGGUAGAACGCGUCCGACGUUGAUUAGUACGCUUGCGACUUCCAUCUCCCUGAACGUUUAAUGCGGACGAUAACCUAUUCUAAUGUCCAGCACCUUCCACGCAUGUUUAUCACAGGAUUACAGUUGUCUCUUACGAUAGGCAAGUGCCCGAAGUCAUGGCGAGUCGCGAGGCGAUACACGCAGCAAUUAAGCAAUUAGAGCAGUUAUUGCCUUUAUGCGAAGAGGGUGAUGCAGUUGGACCCUGUCUGGAAGAAGCGCCCAGUGGCCGCGGUUUCAUUAUAUUUAGCGGAGAGGACGAUGUGGUGUGCAACUCGAAGAUUUUGUUUCCUGGGUUCAACCUUCUGCCAAGAUGGCUUCUUGGGGCGAUAUACUUCCUGUUCCUGUUGUACCUGUUCGCGGGUGUGGCGCUGGCUUCGGACCUCUUCAUGGACGGUAUCAUGCAAAUCACCUCCACCACGCGGAAAGUGAAACGGAAGACCGCCAACGGGGAGGUCGUCAUUGUGGAGGAGCCGGUUUGGAACUGGGUUGUGGCGAACAUCACCCUGAUGGCUCUGGGCGCCUCCUCGCCGGAGAUCAUGCUAGCCACAGUGGAAGCCAUGCUUGCGCUGGACAAGCCAGCCGGCGAGCUGGGGCCCGCAUGCAUCGCCGGGGCCGCCUGCUACAACUUCCUGAUCAUCUCGGCGGUUUGUACGACAGCGCUGCCGGACGGGCAGUACAAGCGGAUCAACCAGCUGCGUGUGUACAUCACUACCGCGGCUUGGUCGCUUUGGGCACACAUUUGGAUGCUGGGGGUGUACGUGUGGUGGACGCCGGAUGAGAUCACCAUGACGGAGGCGUUUGUAACGCUGGGCUUCAAUGUGGUGUUGGUGCUGCAUGCGUGGAUCAUGGAUAAGCAGCCCUGGAAGAGGAACACGGUGCUUGCGCUACCGAACGGUGAAGGCGCCGGGAAAGAUCCGGAGGCUCCUGAUAGCGCCUCUCCCGCCACGGCUGCAGGAGCAGGAGCAGCAGCAGCAGCCCCUGAGGCGCUGCGGGCGCUGUCGGGGAGCGUGACGUCAGCCGGAGCGCCCGUGCACACGCUGGCGCACUACCGCCACAUCAUGGCAGCACGGCAGCGACACGCGCACAAAAGGGCGGUCCGCGCCUCGCAGCUCGGAGGGGCUGCGUCGGAGUUCUCGCAGGCGGAGCUUGGGCUGCCGCCUGCAGCGCCCGUGGUCGACCCUACCAAGGAGCAAGUCAUGUUCAGGUCCCAUGCAUACAGCUUCCUGGAGUCCGCUGGGGUAGCCAAGGUGGCUGUGACACGUGUUCCGCCGGAGGGCGGUUCGCUGGACAACCCGCUGCGCGUCUUUUUCCGUACAGAGGAUGGAGACGCGGUGGCUGGGCUGGACUAUGUGGCAAAGGAGGGCUCCAUCCUGUUCGGUCCUGGCGAGAAGUACAAAUACAUCGAGAUCAAGAUCAUUGACGAUGACAUGAGUGAGCCGGAUGUGUCGUUCAGUGUGGUGCUGCUGUCCGCGGAGUGCCCCGGCGGGCCCUGCAAUGCGCUCAUCGUGCAAAACAGAGCGCGAGUCACCAUUGUGGACGAUGACGACGCGGGCGUCAUCGGGUUUGAGGUACCCGAGUACGAGGUGGCGUUCACCGGCAAGCCACCUGCCAGCGUAGAGGUCACACUCGUGCGCCGGCGCGGAGCCGACGGACGAGUGCAGGUGGAGUUCGAGACCCAGGACCUGACUGCGAUAGCGGGGCAGGAUUACGUCGCUUCAUCGGGGACUGUGGUGUUUGAAUCGGGCGAGAAGACGGAAAAGAUCCGCAUAGGCCUCCUCCCCAGCUCCGCACCCGAGAUGCACAAGUCGCUGCGGCUGGUGUUGAAGAACCCGGAAGGGGGAGCGGAGUUGGGGCAUCGUAACGCCUGCAAGGUCACCAUCGUGGGGCAUCAUUGCGCGACCGGCAAGUCCGAAAGCUCGCCCGGCGAGAAGGAGGGUCUGGAGAUCCGCCAGCUCUCCAACGGCAGCCUAAAGGUGGAUCCGAGGCGCCAGGCCAGUGGUGCGGGGGAGGCCGCGGGGGAAUUCAACGUGUGGUCCGAGUGGCGGGAGCAAAUCAUCAGCGCCUUCUCGCCUGAAGAGCCCGAGGAGGAGGGCGAGGAGUUGGGCUGGAGCGAUCUCUUCAUGCACUACGUAAACAUUACUUGGAAGCUUCUCCUCUUCACAUGCGUGCCGCCCGCGGAAUGGAAGGGCGGCUACCCCUGUUUCGCCGCCGCACUGAUGAUGCUUGCGGGUAUCGUGUACCUCAUCAAUGAGGCUGGCAACCUGUUUGGCUGCAUCCUGGGCCUGAAGGCGGUGAUGGUGGGCGUGUCCAUUGUCGCUCUCGGCACCUCCCUGCCCGACACACUCGCUAGCCGCGUCGCCGCCAGGGCCGAUCCCGAUGCGGACGCUGCCAUUGGUAACAUCACCGGCAGCAACAGCGUCAACGUGUUCCUGGGGAUGGGCCUGCCGUGGGCCAUCUCCUCUGUGUAUUAUGCUGCAAAGGGUGAGAAGUUCCACGCACCUGGGGGCGACUUGGAGUUUGCGAUCAUGUUGUACGCGGUGUUUGGCACGAUAUGCAUCAUCGUGUUGGCGGUUGCACGCUACUUUGGAGGCGAGCUGGGCGGAUCCAAGAAGCGGCAGUGGUCGAUUGCGGCCUUGUUGUUUGGGCUGUGGGUAUUAUACCUGGUGUUGUCGGGACUAAGGGCGUAUGAUCACAUCUGAGUUGGCUUCCCGUCGGGCGGUGCGGUGGGCGAAAAAGAGGAAGAAGAGGACGAAAUGGAGGUGGGAGCUGUGGGUGUGCAGCGACGGCCGGUGCGCAGCGAUGUGUUACCCUACCUACGUGUGUGCCGUUCCGAUUUAAGGGCUAGAGCUGAAGGUGGUUAAAAUGUGCGUUUGCGUGCGUGGUUUGGUGAUGCUGCUGUUGGUGGACUGAGGGUACAUAGCGAUAUUGUGCGUGAUGGUUUGGCAUGUAUAUAACGAUGAAGAGGGGUAUGCUGGGUAUGUUAUUUUUUGCGGUGGUUUUUGGGGGGGUGAAGAUGAUGCAGAUGAUGUCAUGAUGAUGAAGCCGUUGGUGCUGACUCGCGGCGAGAGUGCUGGCGGACGGUGGUGUUAUAUUGUGUCGCCGACGCUAUGCGCAUGCGGUUGCAUGGAUUGCGCCCGAUGCGCGCGCACGUACUGUGGGGGAUUGCAACUGCUACUGAAAACUACUGACUUAUAAGCUCCAGAGUAGCCGUUGGGGACGGGGAAGUGCUUGUGUGACCUUUUCGCGCGUGAUCAAGUCUAGGCAGACUCCCCAAUACUGGUAUGAGAACUGCAUGAUAACUGCAUGCAUGCAAAAAGUCUGUUGCAUGGUGUUGUUGAUGAUUGCGCGCUUGGAAAGCUGUUGACCGUUUGUAUUGGACAGCUGUUGGGUCAAGUCCGUACGUUAAUACUGAAUGCAACGCAGGUUCGGGCUACAACUGCAGAGAUGCACGACUGCCUUAUUGUCGUUGCUUCUUACCAGGUGGAUUGCGGGUCGGAACGUUUACAUGCGCGUGCGAUGCGUUCCAUGUUUUGCCAAUAAUUACGCUGAGAACUCACGCGCCCGUGCUGAGGAAUAACCUGUCGUUGGGCCUCCUCACAUGCUUUCCGUCACGAUUAAUACAGAGUGCGCCUCUUGCCUGGCUGAUGUGGCUUGUGAAGGUUAUUGGCGGCUGCAGUUGCAGCCUCGAAUGCCGGUAAUGAUAGCGGCUGUUGCACCCCUCGCAGAGCUGCGAGGUAUGGGUGUGGCGUAGCUGGGGAUUCAUAUGGAGUUACCGCGCUUAGUUACCGAGCGCGGCGCGAAGCUGCAGUUGCGGCUGUGGGUGCGACUCGUUUGUUUGUUCUGCGUAAUGGACCAUGCUUUUGGAAACCCCUCUUGCAUGCGACUCGCACUGCGGACAUUAUCUUGAUACCACUCAUUUAAGCCUGGCCUGGCAUUGCCAUCGGGGGUUGGUUGCCGCAUCCUUGCCUUGUUUCUUUGGCAUCCACCGCCUCCCCUUCCUAAGGACCACCCCCAGUUUAUCUAAUCACCCCCUUGCUGCAUGGUCCUGACGGCGGGUGUGUAACGCCUGCCCCACUUCGCGCCCAUGUAACCAAGCCCCUCGC